AUGGAAACAGAUAAAAAUGUAGAUGAGAAUGAUGGUGGAGACAUAGACUCAGCAGAAUCUGAAGAGGUCGAGAGUCAUAAGAGCCCAGUAGGAAGUGAUGAUGAUGAGUUGUUUGAAAUAAGGCAAAGAAAUAAGAAAAUUUUAGAGGAGGAGAAGGGUAGAAUAGCAUUUAAUGCUGGGGCAAGAUUGGUAGAUGAUGUAGAUGGUCCCCCUCCUACAGUUAAUGAAGCACAACCUGAACCACAACCACAACAAGCUAAUGAAGUCAACACCAGUUCCACCCCUAUUCAUGAUACAGAUGCUGGUAAUAUCCCAUCACAUAUUGAAGAAUCGCAUAUGUCACAUAUUGUGGGAUUGAAUGUAGUAGGUCCAAACUCUAGAGGCACAAUCCCUAAAACUCAAAACUGGCCUAGUUUUUGGACAUAUUAUGAAGGAGGCUAUCAGAGUGAUCAAAGAAGCAGUAAUGAUGAGGAACCAUUGUUUGACAGUGAUCAUGAAGCACCUGAGAUCAAUAUGAAAAAGAAAAAAAAAGAAAGAGUGAACUACAAGUAUUUCAAUGAGAGAGUGGAUAUGAAAGCUGUGCAUUUUGAGCCAGGGUUAAAGUUUACUUCUAGGAGUGUGUUAAAGGAGGCUAUUCUAAAUUAUUCUAUUCAACAGCACUAUGAUCUAGUGUACAUGAAGAAUGACACUAAGAGGAUUCACAUGGGUUGUUCACUUUGCUUUUGGCAGAUGACUGCUGGUCCAGAUUGUCAUGAGGCUGGUGUUUGGCAAAUAAAAUUUAUUAAUCAUGAUCAUACUUGCUGCAGGACUUUUAAAAAUAGAUUAAUAACUGAUAACUGGAUUGCACAUGUUUAUCUUGAUAAAAUUCUGAGGGAUCCAAAGAUGAAGCCAAGUAACAUUGUAUCUGACAUUUAUGAGAAUUUUCAAAUUAAUGUCACAUUGAAAAAAUGUAGGAGGGGGAAGGAGAAAGCUCUAAAUGCAGUCCAAGGAUUAAUGCAAAGACAAUAUGGCUUGCUAAAACCUUACAUGAAAGAACUAAUGAGGUCAAAUGUAGGUACUACUUGUGUUCUGAAGGUGGCUGAGGGAGAGGCAGGACAACCAAGCACAUUCCUUAGAUUUUACGUUUGUUUUGAAGCAUUGAAGAUGGGUUUCACUUUGGGGUGUAGAAGAAUAUUUGGUCUUGAUGAAUUUUGA